GGAGCAGCGCCGGCCCCGCCACUAGGGGGGGAGCGUGCGUGAGCGUGAGCGUGCGUGGGAGCCGGAGUGAGUGUGCGUGAGUGUGCCCGCCCGCUCCGAGCCAGAGCCAGAGCCUGAGUCUUAGCCAGAGAAGAGCUGAGCCCGCAGCCGAGCGCAGCGCAGCGCCUCGCCGCCGAGCAGCUCGCAGCCAUGGCCGAGAACGUGGUGGAGCCCGGGCCGCCGUCCGCCAAGCGGCCCAAGCUCGCCUCCCCGGCCCUCUCGGUGGCCGCCAGCGACGGCACAGAUUUUGGAUCCUUAUUUGACUUAGAACAUGACUUACCAGAUGAAUUAAUCAACUCUUCUGAAUUGGGACUUAGCAAUGGUAGUGACAUUGGUCAGCUACAGACAAGCCUUAGCAUGGUACAAGAUGCUGCUUCUAAACAUAAACAGCUUUCUGAAUUGCUUCGGGCUGGCAGUUCACCGAAUCUCAACAUGGGAGUUGGUGGCCCUGGACAGGGCAUGGCUACUCAAGCCCAGCAGAACAGUCCUGGAAUGGGAAUAUUGAAUAGUAUGGUCAAAAGCCCCAUGGCACAGGCAAACUUGACUUCUCCUAACUUGGGAGUGGGUGCCAGCGGGCCAAAUCAAGGCCCUUCAGCACAGUCUGCAGCUGGUAUGAUCCCAGGCGUGAACAGUCCAGUAAACCAGCCUGGACUGGGGAUGAACACAGCGAUGAAUGCUGGCAUGAAUCCUGCCCUGUUAGCUACAGGCAACGGACAGGGGAUGAUGCCAAGCCAAGUCAUGAAUGGUUCCAUUGGAGCAGGCAGGGGGCGACCUAACAUGCCAUACCCAAACCAAGGCAUGGGCAGUGCUGGCAGUUUACUGGCUGAGCCGCUGCAACAAGGCUCUCCCCAGAUGGGAGGACAAACAGGAUUGAGGGGUCCACAGCCUGGAGGGGCUUUGAGCAAGAUGGGAAUAAUGAACAAUCCCAAUCCUUAUGGGCCACCAUAUAGUCAGAACUCUGCUCAACAGAUUGGAGCCGGUGGACUUGGACCCCAGAUGCAAAACAAGGCUGGAAUACCCAAUAGCUUGCCCCAGUUUUCAAUGGACAAAAAGCCAGUUCCUGGAGCAGGAAUGUCUAACAUGGGCCAGCAGCAGGCCCCUCAAGUUCAGCCACCUGGCAUGGUGCCCUCUGCACCCCAGGGGAUGGGUUCUGGACCCCCCACAGCUGAUCCUGAGAAGAGGAAGCUCAUUCAACAGCAACUUGUUCUUCUCUUGCAUGCCCACAAGUGUCAGCGGCGUGAGCAAGCCAACGGGGAAGUGCGCCAGUGUAACCUUCCCCACUGUCGCACAAUGAAGAAUGUCCUCAACCACAUGACACAUUGCCAGGCUGGCAAGUCCUGCCAGGUGGCACAUUGUGCUUCUUCAAGACAAAUCAUCUCACACUGGAAGAAUUGCACGAGGCAUGACUGUCCUGUGUGUUUGCCCCUCAAAAAUGCUGGGGAUAAAAGAAACCAACAAUCAAUAUUGACUGGCGCUUCAGUGGGUCUUGGAAAUGCUGGUUCUGUAGGGGUGGGUCAGCAAACUACCCCCAGCCUAAACCCUCCCAGUCAGAUUGAUCCCAGCUCCAUAGAGCGGGCGUACGCAGCUCUCGGCCUAACCUAUCAAGGAAACCAGAUGCAGACCCAGCCACAAGCUCCGGUGAAGAAUCAGCAGCCAGGGCAGCCAGCCCAGGGCAUGCGUCCCCUGAAUGCCAUGAGUGCCAGUCCUAUGGGUGUAAAUGGAGGUGUAGGGGUCCAACCAUCUAGUCUUCUCUCUGACACCAUGAUACAUUCAACCAUGAAUUCUCAAAACCCAAUGAUAAAUGAAAGUGCCGGUGUUGCCAACCUGGGGGCUUUGCCAGCAGCAACCCCGCCAGCUAGUGCUGGAAUUCGGAAACAGUGGCACGAAGAUAUUACUCAGGAUCUCCGUAAUCAUCUUGUCCAUAAACUUGUCCAAGCCAUAUUCCCGACUCCAGAUCCUGCUGCGCUAAAAGAUAGAAGGAUGGAGAACCUGGUUGCCUAUGCGCGGAAAGUGGAGGGGGAUAUGUAUGAGUCUGCAAACAGUCGAGCUGAGUACUACCACCUCCUGGCUGAGAAGAUCUAUAAAAUCCAGAAAGAACUCGAAGAGAAGCGGCGAACCAGGCUCCAGAAACAGAACCUGAUGCCGACUGGGCCAGGCCUGGCUCCACCUUCAAUGGGCCAGGGGCCCAGCCUGGGUCCCCCGCCGCCCACAAUGGCUGCCAAUGGUCCUUUGCCAGACCCAGCCAUGAUCCGUGCCAAUGUACCAAACCAGAUGAUGACUCGCAUGCCUCCACAAGCAGGAAUGAAUCAGUUUGGCCAGAUGAACAUGCAGCUGCCAUCCAUGGGACCCAGGCAGACACCUCCUCUUCAGCACCCUGGACAGCUAGCCCAGUCUGGGCCCAUGAACCAGUCUCUUGCCUUUGCUUCUCGGAUGCAACAACCAGGGGUUGGCCAGCCUUCUAGCCAGAACCAAUUCCUUCAACAGAAUCAGUUUUCUGCUCCCUCCCAAGGACUGAAUGCCGCGAACAUGCCCAUGGCACAGCCCAGCAGUCAGGCACCAGUGUCUCAAGCUCAGAUGUCCAGCUCUUCCUGUCCUGUGAAUUCUCCUGUAAUGCCUCCAGGUUCUCAGGGCAACCACAUUCACUGCCCCCCUCUCCCUCAACCUUCACUGCAUCGAAAUUCACCUUCUCCAGUCCCCAGCCGGACUCCUACACCGCAUCACACACCCCCCAGCAUGGGAUCCCAGCAGCCUCCAGCUCCAGUAGCUUCUGUGCCUGCUCCAACACCCCCAGCACUGCCCUCUGGACCACCCCCCCCAGCUCUUCAUCCUGCUCCAAGACAGACUCCAACACCACCUCAGGCACAGAUUCCUCCCCAAGUCCAGCCUCCGCUUCCUGCUGUCCCUUCAGUUGAAGCACCCCAGCAGCAGCCCCUCUCCCAGCAGAGUACCACAGCCUCUGUGCCCACCCCGACGGCCCCACUGCCACCUCAGCAGCCUUCGACUCCCCUUUCCCAGCCUGCUGUCAGCAUUGAAGGACAGGUGUCGAAUCCUCCAUCAACAAGUAGCAUGGAAGUGAAUUCCCAGACUGCCCCUGAGCAGCAGCCCUCCCAGGACAUUAAAAUUGUCCCUAAAAUGGAGGAGGAUCCAUCAGAAUCAGGAGAGGCCCAGUCAGAGGAGAACAAGCCUGAGGUUAAAGCAGCAGCAGCAGCAGCAGAAGAUUGUAAGAUAGAACCUAUGAACACAGAAGAAAAGCCAAGAGAAAUAAAGACAGAAGCUAAAGAGGAGGAAGACCAGCCAAGCACUCCGGCCACUCAGUCCUCCCCAGCUCCAGGACAGUCGAAGAAAAAAAUUUUCAAGCCAGAAGAAUUACGCCAGGCACUUAUGCCAACAUUGGAGGCCCUUUACCGUCAAGAUCCAGAAUCCCUUCCCUUCCGGCAGCCUGUUGACCCACAGCUUUUGGGGAUCCCGGAUUAUUUUGAUAUAGUGAAGUGUCCCAUGGAUCUUUCUACGAUUAAGAGGAAAUUAGACACUGGACAAUACCAAGAGCCUUGGCAGUAUGUGGACGACAUAUGGCUCAUGUUCAACAAUGCCUGGCUCUAUAACCGGAAGACGUCCCGUGUAUACAAGUACUGCUCCAAGCUGGCCGAGGUGUUUGAGCAGGAGAUUGACCCCGUCAUGCAGAGCCUGGGAUAUUGCUGUGGCAGAAAGUUGGAAUUCUCGCCCCAAACCCUUUGUUGCUAUGGCAAACAGUUAUGCACCAUUCCUCGAGAUGCCACUUACUACAGUUACCAAAACAGGUAUCAUUUCUGUGAGAAGUGUUUCAACGAAAUCCAGGGGGAGAGCGUUUCUCUGGGGGAUGAUCCAUCCCAACCUCAAACUACAAUAAAUAAGGAACAGUUUUCCAAAAGAAAGAAUGAUACACUGGAUCCUGAAUUGUUUGUUGAAUGUAUAGAAUGUGGACGGAAGAUGCAUCAGAUCUGUGUGCUUCACAAUGAAGUCAUCUGGCCCUCUGGGUUUGUCUGUGAUGGCUGUCUGAAGAAAACUGGACGAACGCGGAAAGAAAACAAGUUCUCCGCUAAAAGGCUGCCCUCUACCAGGCUCGGUACCUUCCUAGAAAACCGAGUAAAUGACUUUCUGAGACGGCAGAAUCACCCCGAGUCCGGAGAGGUCACAGUUCGGGUUGUUCAUGCUUCAGACAAAACUGUCGAAGUGAAACCAGGCAUGAAAGCAAGAUUUGUGGAUAGUGGCGAGAUGGCCGAAUCCUUCCCAUACCGAACAAAAGCCCUCUUUGCCUUUGAGGAAAUUGAUGGUGUUGACUUGUGCUUCUUUGGCAUGCAUGUUCAAGAGUAUGGCUCCGACUGUCCCCCGCCGAAUCAGAGGAGAGUAUAUAUAUCUUACCUCGACAGUGUUCAUUUUUUCCGUCCCAAAUGCUUCAGGACUGCAGUCUAUCAUGAAAUCUUAAUUGGCUACUUAGAAUAUGUCAAGAAAUUAGGGUACACCACUGGGCAUAUCUGGGCUUGUCCCCCGAGUGAAGGAGAUGACUAUAUCUUUCACUGCCACCCUCCCGAUCAGAAGAUCCCAAAGCCCAAGCGAUUGCAGGAAUGGUACAAAAAGAUGCUGGACAAGUCUGUGUCAGAACGCAUCGUCCACGAUUACAAGGAUAUUUUUAAACAAGCCACAGAAGAUCGGUUAACAAGUGCGAAGGAGCUCCCUUACUUUGAAGGCGAUUUCUGGCCUAAUGUGCUGGAGGAGAGCAUUAAGGAGCUGGAGCAGGAAGAAGAAGAGAGAAAAAGGGAAGAGAACACCAGCAACGAGAGCACAGAUGUGACCAAGGGAGACAGCAAGAACGCCAAAAAGAAAAAUAACAAGAAAACGAGCAAAAACAAGAGCAGCCUGAGCCGGGGGAACAAGAAGAAGCCGGGCAUGCCCAACGUCUCCAAUGACCUGUCCCAGAAGCUCUACGCCACCAUGGAGAAGCACAAAGAGGUCUUCUUCGUGAUCCGCCUCAUCGCCGGCCCCGCUGCCAACUCGCUGCCGCCCAUCGCGGAGCCCGACCCGCUCAUCCCCUGCGACCUGAUGGACGGCCGCGACGCCUUUCUCACGCUGGCCAGGGACAAACACCUGGAGUUCUCGUCCCUGCGCAGGGCGCAGUGGUCCACCAUGUGCAUGCUGGUGGAGCUGCACACCCAAAGCCAAGACCGCUUUGUCUACACCUGCAACGAGUGCAAGCACCAUGUGGAGACCAGGUGGCACUGCACGGUGUGCGAGGACUACGACCUGUGCAUCACGUGCUACAACACUAAGAACCACGACCACAAGAUGGAGAAGCUGGGCCUGGGCCUGGACGACGAGAGCAACAACCAGCAGGCCGCGGCCACGCAGAGCCCCGGCGACUCGCGGCGCCUGAGCAUCCAGCGCUGCAUCCAGUCCCUGGUGCACGCCUGCCAGUGCCGCAACGCCAACUGCUCGCUGCCCUCGUGCCAGAAGAUGAAGCGCGUCGUCCAGCACACCAAGGGCUGCAAGCGCAAGACCAACGGCGGCUGCCCCAUCUGCAAGCAGCUCAUCGCGCUGUGCUGCUACCACGCCAAGCACUGCCAGGAGAACAAGUGCCCGGUGCCCUUCUGCCUCAACAUCAAGCACAAGCUCCGGCAGCAGCAGCUGCAGCACCGCCUGCAGCAGGCCCAGAUGCUGCGCCGCCGGAUGGCCAGCAUGCAGCGGACCGGCGUGGUGGGCCAGCAGCAGGGCCUCCCCUCCCCCACCCCGGCCACGCCCACCACGCCCACGGGCCAGCAGCCUCCCACCCCGCAGACCCCCCAGCCCCCGCCCCCGCCCCAGCCCGCCCCGCAGCCCCAGCCCGCCCCCCCCAACAGCAUGCCGCCGUACGGACUGCCCCGGGCCCAGCCGCCCGGCGCCGCGUCCCAGGGCAAAGCGGGCGGCCAGGUGACGCCUCCCACCCCGCCUCAGCCCUCCCAGCCCCCCGUGCAGGGACCCCCGCCGGCCGCGGUGGAGAUGGCCAUGCAGAUCCAGAGGGCGGCCGAGACCCAGCGCCAGAUGGCCCACGUUCAGAUCUUCCAGCGGCCCAUCCAGCACCAGAUGCCUCAGAUGACCCAGAUGGCUCCCAUGGGCAUGAACCCGCCCCCGAUGGCCCGGGGGCCCGGCGGCCACCUGGACCAAGCCCUGGGCCCGGCGGGCCUCCAGCAGCAGCCCCCGUGGGCCCCCGGCGGCCUGUCGCAGCCCCAGCAGUUCCAGGGCGGCAUGCAGCGGCCCGCCAUGAUGUCGGGGGGCCAGGCCGGCCAGCCCAUGAACAUGGCCCCCCAGCCGGGCCUGGGCCAGGUGCCCGCCGUGGGGCAGCCCAAGCAGGGCUCCCUGCCGCAGGCGGCCCUGCAGAACCUCCUGCGGACUCUGCGCUCGCCCAGCUCGCCCAUGCAGCAGCAGCAGGUGCUCAACAUCCUCCACGCCAACCCCCAGCUGCUGGCCGCCUUCAUCAAGCAGCGGGCGGCCAAGUACGUGACCCAGAACCCCCAGGGCCUGGCGCAGGGCCAGUCCGGGCUGCAGCCGCAGCCGGCCAUGGCGGGCCAGCAGGCCGUGCACCCCGGCGCAGCCAUGCAGACCAUGAACCCCAUGGCGGCCGGCGUGCCGCGGGCCGGCCUGCCCCCUCCCCAGCCCCCGCCGCAGCCGCCGCCGCCGGCCCUGGGCGGCGUGAGCCCGCAGGCGCCGCAGAUGAACAUGGGCCACGGCGGCAUGUCGGUGCAGUUCCGGGAGCUCCUCAUGCGGAGGCAGCAGCAGCAGCAGCAGCAGCUGCUCGACCAGCAACGCCAGCAGCAGCAGCAGCAGCAGCAGCAGCAGCAGCAGCAGGGGGUGGGCCCCGCCAUGGGCGGCCACGGCCAGUUCCCGCAGCCGCAGGGGCUGGGCUACCCCCCGCAGCAGCCGCCGCCGCAGCAGCGCAUGCAGCACCACCUGCAGCAGAUGCCGCCGGGCGCCCUGGGACAGAUGGGCCAGCUCCCGCAGGGCCUGGGCGCCGAGCCGGGCGCCAGCCUGCAGCAGGCCUACCAGCAGCGGCUGCUCCAGCAGCAGAUGGGCUCCCCGGCCCCGCCGAACCCCAUGAGCCCCCAGCAGCACAUGCUCCCGAGCCAGGCCCAGUCCCCCCACCUCCAGGGCCAGCAGAUCCCCCCGUCGCUCACCAGCCAAGUGCGCUCCCCCCAGCCCGUCCCCUCGCCCCGGCCCCAGUCCCAGCCGCCCCACUCCAGCCCUUCGCCCCGGAUGCAGCCGCAGCCUUCCCCGCACCACGUCUCCCCGCAGACCAGCUCGCCGCACCCGGGACUGGUGGCCGCCCAGGCGAGUGCCCUGGAGCAGGGGCACUUUGCCGGCCCGGACCAGAGUGCCAUGCUCUCCCAGCUCGCCGGCAACCCCGGCAUGGCCGGCCUCCACGGGGCGGGCGCCACGGACCUGGGGCUGAGCGCCGAGAACUCAGACUUGAAUUCCGCCCUUUCACAGAGUACACUAGACAUACACUAGAAAUACCUUGUAGCAUUUUGGGAGCAAAAACAACUUAUUUUCUCUUAAGACUUUUUGUACUGAAGACGACAUUUUUUGGAAUCUUUCUUAGCCUAAAAGACAUUUUCCCUGGAACACAUCCGGACUGUGCAGCA